CUUUGCGACUUAAAAAAGAAUUGCUAGAGGCGAAUGCGAUGCAGAGGGAAGGGGAUUGAGGUUGAGAAUUUGACCAUGGUUAAACAUUAGUAUAUAGAAUACAUGAAGCAUCUGGCAAAGUAAUUAGAUACCGCAGUUGUAGCAUGGCCUCAACUGGCCACGCAUCAAAACUACUUGACAGUGCAAAGCAGUUGAAAUGGGUAGACACAGCUCAGAUUCCGAGGAGGAUAGACGAAGGAAACACAGAUCUUCGAGGAAACGUCACAGAAGAAGUAGGAGUCGAGAACGGAGGAAACGGUCGCGGUCUCGAGAGAGAAAACGAAGUCGAUCUAGAAGCAGUAGUUAUGAGGAUUACAGGCGUAGCAGGUUCGAAGAGUAAUAUAUUUACUAGUUAUCUCUUCCUUUUAUAGAUCAAGUCAAAUUACGAAUAAAUACCCUGUUAAUUCUCUAAAUUUUCUUAUUUUCUCCCGUGUUUCUUAACAGAUCAAGUCGAAAAGGUGAGGGAACUAUUUCUGAAGCUCCAUCCUAAUUUACCAAUUUUUAAGCUUAAAUAUAUGAUCUUAUUUAAAACGAUGAGUAAAAAGGCUGCUUACCGUCAUAUACUUGCUGUUUAUAGAGGUGGAAGUGAAAAUGAUGUUUUAUUAUUUUUCGCACUUAUUUUUAACCUUUGAAGUGCAAUCACUUCCUCAACAUUUUGUAAAACCAGGCUAAAUUGUAAACAUAAAUUAUGCAGUGUCUGAAAUCACAGUUUUGAAAUACUUAUGAGCGCUGGUUGUUGUGUUUGUUGAGGAGUAGGAGUAUCAUUGGGUUCCUCAAUCAGUUCAAAGAGGGACAUGGGGAACAUGCUGCUUGUUUCCCCUUCUUAGCCACCACCCUCCCCCUCUCACCUUAGCUUUCCACCACCCACCCCCACCCUAGCUCUCCACCACCCCCUUCACCUUAACUCUGCAAUCUUUGUAAUGUACAUCUAACAUGGUAGACCUCAUAACCUUGACCUUUGCAAUCUAUGAAUGAUAUUAUUCUACUACAGGUCACAGAUUUAGUCGAUCAAGCAGCAGUAGAAGCACUAGCAGUAGUUCCAGUGGUGGUGGUUGGAGAAAAAGUAGGAAAGAUAAAAGGUGAGGGAUGGUUGCAUUAAAUCAUGUGAUGUUGGUUAAUUUUUUGAUCCUAAAUGACCUCUAAGCAAGGCUGACAUAGUACAUUUUUUAAUGAAAAAGGUGAUGAAUAAAGUAACAGAAUUUGUAUUCUCUGCUUUUUUGUUGAAUUGGCCAAGACUCCAAAACUGUAUCUUGUGACAUGUAUCUGUAAUACAUGAACCAAAGGUAGACAGAGUGGAUAGCUACUCAUGAUAGUUUUUUUCUCUGAAUAUAUAGGGAUUCAAGUUCACAGGUGAGUGAGUUUUUAAAACACAUUUUAAAUUAUCAAAUGUUUUUUGCUAUAAACAUAUCCCAACACAAGGAAAGAACUGAAAGUAAAGGCUUAUAUUCUGUCAUUAUAUUAUUAACUGUGAUGAUUGUCCUUUCUUUAACAUCUUAACUAUGCAGUCCAAAAAUGCAAUUUUCAUAUCUCCUCUUUAUUUGCUGAAAAGUAAGCAGAAAAUUUUUUAGUAAUUUUUAUAUGAGGUAGUUUAGGGCAGCGACACCAAAGCAAAUCCAAAAUACUUGGGAUACUUGAUAUUCAAACCUUUUUUUAUAAUACAGAACAAUCAAAGCAAGUUCUUUUUUAGAGUAAUCCUCCAUUCUUUCCAUAUCACUACUGCUUCUAAAAUUGCCCUUUGCACCUUUACAUAAAAAAAUUGUUGUCUUACUUCAAUUCAUUGUUACUUUCUUAAAGCUCACAAAAGAAAAGACUAAAGCAAAAAUGAAGAAAGCUUUGGCAAAAGCAGGUAAGCUGUGAUAGCGCAAAUACAUAUAUUUUUCACCUGCACAUUUUAGUAUAAAACUGUUAGUACUCUUUUCUUUGACAAUUAAUUGUACUUUAACAGAAUCUAAAGAUGAAAUACUCAAAAGGGAUAAAGCUGCCAAGGAAUUAAGUGAGUUCUAUUACCAUUUUUUUAUUAUAAGUCUCAUUCAACAAUAAUUGCUUUCUCUUUGACAAUAAUGUUUAUUGACUGCUUUAUUUAACAGGAGAGUUCGCACCUAAUAAAGACACAAUAUUGCAAAUAGAAAGCAGUGAAUUUGUGCCUCAGUCCUUCAGCUCAUCUUCUGGCUCCAAAGGUCAUCAGGUAACGUUAUACACUUAAUGUAUGGUCCCAAGGGAAACAGUUAGUUUUGUUUUCCCAGGAGUCCUGAUGUUUCCUGAGACAAAGACGAGGGAAACAUCAUGACUCGAGGAAAAACAGAACUAGUUUCCCAAGGGACCAUACAUUAAGUCCUUUGUUACAUAUUAAGACUUUCCCUUAAACAAUCAUGUGGCAAAAACAUGCUGUUGUAUUCGGCACACAAACAACAAUUGCACAAUUGUAUCCUGGUCAGGAUACAUUUGAAUUUGAUCAGGGGCACAUGACUAAGAAUCAACCAAUUGCAAUGCUCAUUUUGUUGAGUGAAAGUCUAGGUAUAUAAUAAAAUUUCUUGACAGCCUGAAAUCUUGCUGAGUAUCUUAACAGUUUGUAACAUUCAUGGUUUUUUUCAUUCUGACAGAUAGGUGGGAAAAAUAUUGAUGGUAGCCAUGAAGAAGCUAUGUUUGGUGUUGGUGGAGCAGUGUCAGAAAUUUCAUCCCCAACUGUAGCUACAGCAGAGUUGAAGACUGCUCCUCAAUUAGUUAUAUCACAAACUUCUGAUAAGGAUGGACUGUUUGCUUCAUGGGUGAGAUAAUGAAGCAUCUAUUAAGAUAUGUUGAUACUCGUGUUUGGGAUGUUAUUGAGAAAAUUUUGUCUUCGUCAUCAAUGUCUGUAACUGUAUGAUUGUGCAACACAAUCUAUUUUAAAAGAGCUUGUACGGUGUAUGUAUGACUUACUGUGCCAACUUGCUGUUGUUGUAGAAUUCAUGAAGUGACUGUAAACUGACUGACAUUUAUGAAUGUUUACAGCUUUCCAAGCACUUUACAUCACAAUAACCCAUGGUGUGGUAAAAGGCAAAUAAAUCUGAACAACUGCAAACUCAGUUUUGUUUCUCUAAGUGCAACCAAGAUCUUUAUUACAUAUAUUUUACAAGUUUAUAGAUGCACUCUUUGAUUAUGGAUUAGACUAAUAAAACCAUGAACUUGGACAACAUUUUUUCAUGGGUAUUUUGCUUUUCAUUUCAGCUUCAUGAAGAUGAAGAAACCAAGACAUCUCGCUGGAUAACUAAAUUAAAAAAGAUGCGACAAGAACUCUUGGCAGCCACCUAG